UAUCCGCGCCGGUGUUCUGAAGGUCCGGUAGCCCCCCCUCGGGAAAACAAAUACACCGGAGCCCCACAGCCCAGCUGCGGACUGCCUAAACGGGCUCACGUGAUGCUUCUCAAACAAUGCACACGGUUAUCAAUUUUUUUGGUUCAUAACAAGCAUACAGUAGUCCGUUUCGUCGUUGGUUAGCUGGCUAAUUGGCUAGCCAUCGAUUGAUGUGUGCUGUGGCUGUCAGCUCAGCGCUGCUUUAUACUGUUUGAUCUGGCCCAGAAUACUGAAAGCAAGGCUGCUGUCCGCGGCUUUUGUGCCUCGGCGUUUUUUUUCAUUCAGCAAAUAACACUACGAAGCUGGAGCGAAAUAAGAAGAAUGGGUGCGUUCUUAGACAAGCCAAAGAUGGAGAAGCAUAAUUCUCAAGGGGAGGGGAACGGUCUGCGCUAUGGACUCAGCAGCAUGCAAGGCUGGCGUGUGGAGAUGGAGGACGCACACACAGCUGUGAUGGGCCUGCCCCACGGCCUCAGCCUCUGGUCCUUUUUUGCUGUCUACGAUGGGCAUGCAGGCUCUCAGGUUGCCCGAUAUUGUUGUGAGCACCUGCUGGAACACAUAACCAGCAACCGGGACUUCAGGGGAGGCUGCGCAGCAGUAGCAGGUGCAGAAUUAGGAGGUUUUGAGCCCUCAGUGGAGAGUGUGAAAUGCGGAAUCCGUACAGGCUUCCUGCAGAUCGACGAGCACAUGCGGGCCAUGUCGGAACGCAAGCAUGGGGCGGACCGCAGCGGUUCCACUGCAGUAGGUGUCAUGAUCUCCCCUCAUCAUUUCUAUUUCAUCAACUGUGGUGACUCCAGGGCCUUGCUGAGCCGCAAGGGACGCGUUCACUUCUUCACCCAGGACCACAAACCCAGUAACCCCCUGGAAAAGGAGCGGAUCCAGAAUGCAGGUGGUUCGGUUAUGAUCCAGCGGGUCAACGGCUCUCUUGCUGUCUCCCGUGCUCUUGGCGACUUUGACUAUAAGUGUGUGCAUGGGAAAAGCCCCACUGAGCAGCUGGUGUCCCCAGAACCAGAAGUGUAUGAGAUUGAACGCUCCGAGGCAGAGGAUGAAUUUGUGGUACUGGCCUGCGAUGGCAUAUGGGACGUCAUGGCCAAUGAUGAACUGUGUGAUUUUGUUCGUGCACGUUUGGAGGUGACCGAUGAUCUGGAACGAGUGUGUAAUGAGAUCGUCGACACCUGUUUGUACAAGGGUAGUCGUGACAACAUGAGUGUGGUGCUGGUAUGUUUUCCUGGUGCCCCGAAAAUCAACCCAGAAGCAGUGAAGAGAGAGGCAGAGCUAGAUAAGUACCUGCAGAACAGAGAAGGUGGAGGUUGUAAAAAGACAAAUAAAUAGAAUCUAACAUAAUGAAAGAGGGAGUUAGAGAAGGUGAGCAUUCUUACUUAAUUUGGUGAGUUUGUUAGAUGGCAGUUUACACUUGCACAAAUAAGUAUACGUUGCAGUUAACAUAAAGUUUCCAAUUAACGAAUCCCCAUAUUGGAGAGGAAAGACUCGCUGUACUGUAUUAGCACAGAUAGGACCAUUCAGGAUACAUUUUUCCAGAGUCUGAAGAAAUAACAACAGUGUGACAGUUAGAGGCCUUUGAUUAUUUAUUGCCAAUAUUGCAAAGCACUUACACAGUUUAGAUAUAGGCUGUAGCUUUACCAGAGGUUUUAUUUCAGUGCAUUCACUCUAGAGCUUACUAUACGUCUGUUAACGUAUUAUUAUUAGCUACUAAUUUAUGGUAAGUGCAAUUUUAGAUUAGGACAAUGGAAUGCCGAAAACCCAACACUUGGUUCUGCACUUUCUCAUUAAAAGCUGCUAUACUUAGAAGCAUCUUUUAUUAAUAAAAAGAGAGACCAAAUUUGAGAUCUCAGUUAGAAUACAAAAUGUUUGUGUUCAAACAGAAUGGAUAUAAAGUGUAGUGUAGCGUUCCAUUUGUGUCAACUUGUCCUCAAUGGCUUCGGAUAUUUGAAAUAGCUGAAAUAUUCAUCCACUCGUACAAGCAUGGGUUUCAUUUGCACCUUUCUGUAAUGUUGCAGUCAUUAUAAAUGAGCGUGAUUGUCAGGGCUCCACUGCUGAUUACCUGAAAUUGUAGCUGAAACUGUGUUUACUGUACACAACAUGCAGUAGCUGUUGCCAUGAGGAUUUUAUUCUGCAUGAUUCCUGUUCUGUAACUGUAAAAUGGAACAUUGUUGCCUUAUUCCUAAUUUACAGCGACUACCUUGAUUAGAAUUGAUAGGUUAGAAUUAGCACCCACCCCAACUGCUUCGAAGAGUACAUUUAAAUCCAAUGGAGACUUGGUACUCAAGCAUGCACCGUACUGAUAGCACGAUAACCUGCAUGUACGCUACAUUAAGAAAAAAACAGGGAUAGCUCCUAAUCAGAGUUAACUUGUGUUAAGUUAGUCUGACAGACGUUUUAUACUCUGUCGAUAAUUUGCACAGUGUACAUGUCUAACUCCUGCGGAAUAGCUUUCGUCUGAACUGAACACAGUAUCUGAAAGAUUGUGUUGAUGUUUCUCAAUGCUCUCCAAGUUGUUUACUGUUUGUUGCCUCAAACUGACAUUUUGUAAAUUCUCUGGUUUGUGGAUAUAACUAGAGAAAAAACUAAGUUAGGAAAUUGUUGGCACAGAGUGGGAUCCAAUCAGUCAGCACUUUUUAUGAGAUUUAGAAUUUGUUUUCGCUACAAUGAUGUAACAUUGAUGGUACAUUGUACCUCAUGUUAUGUCUUUUAAAACCUAAUAUAGAUCAUACCAACUCGUAAUAAUUCUUAAAGGGAUAGUUCACCUAAAAUUAAUCCAAAAAAUAAUUAUCUCACCAUUUAUUCACCCUCUUGCCAUUCCAGAUGUGUAUGACUUUCAUUCUUCUGCAGAGCACAAAUUAAGAUUUUUAGAUCUCGGCUCUGUAGGUCCAUACAAUGCAAGUGAAUGAUGACCAAAAUUUGGAUUCUCCAAAAAGCACAUAAAUACAGCAUAAAAGCAAUACAUAGGACUCAUGUGGUUUAUCCAUGUCGUCUUAAGAUAUCUAAUUGGUUUUGUGUGGGAACAGACCAAAAAAGCAGUCUCUGGGCACAAUCAUGAUUUCAAGCUCUAGAUGGCUAGGAAUGUGAUCAAGAUUGAAAUAAUUAUCACCAAGAUUUACAGUGAAGAGAGUAAAGAAAAAAAAAGAGUUCUGUUCUCAUCCAAAAUCGAUUGGACCGCUUAAGAGGACAUGCAUUAAAGCACUCGAGAUUUAUAGAUUACCUUUAUGUGGCUUUUGUGCUUUUUGCUCUUUGUUUGUGUUCAGCAGAAGAAAGUCAUACACUUCUGGGAUGGCAUGAGGGUGAGUUCGUUAUGAGAGAAUUUUCAUUUUUGGGUGAACUAUCCCAGGGAGACUGCAAAAUCGUAAAUGAAUAACCUUGACCAAACGUUUUGAUCUUUCCCCAUUCAAGUAGAUAGGAGCUGCUCUUGAAUGCCGCUUUUUUACAUAUAAUAGACAAAUAGCUGCCCGAAAGCAUUCCAAAGAUGGCUGCCAGAGGACUGACUUGCUAGAAAGACUUUGGUUAGAUUUAGGGAUUGGGUAAGGGAUUGAACUUUAUGGUUACCUUUAAAUUUGGGUUAGGAAAAAAAUCUCAAUAGCAUAGAUCAUUGGUUUGUUUUUUUCUCUAUGGGAGUAAAAGUCGUCUCUUUUUGUACAAGCCAACUUUUGCUUGUACGAUUUUGUUGCAUUGUACCAAUUUCAAUGACUUAUGAGUCUGGAGUGGUAAAUCCUGACAAGUUUUAGCAAAGCUUCCAUAUCUAAGACCAUGAAAGCAUUGUUUAUUUUUAUCUUUUCUCCUUUCAGUUUCCUUGAUUUUCAUAUUUCUGCACCUCUUGGACUUAAUUUGUAAUGCAAGAAUAGAAACUGAUGCUUUUGCCUGCAUUGUUAAAAGGUGGGGACUUUCUUUUUUUUUGUCAAAAUUUUCCCUUUUAUCAAAAAUUUCUCUUUCAAUUAAAUUCUCCAACAAGUUUUUAGCCUGUCUAUGUAUUUUGCCAGAAGAUAUAUUUUUACUAUAAAGGAAUAUUUCACCCCAAAAUGAAAAUUCUCUCAUUAUUUACCCUCCCCCGUGUCAUCCCAGAUGUUUAUGUUUUCUAUCUUCUACAGAACACAAAUGAAGAUUUUUAGAAGAAUAUCUCAGCACUGU